UUUACCUAAUGCUUAACCAAUUGUGCACUGAUCUAAUAUUUCAUUUUUGGUGCGAAAGGUGAGAGUUUCCAACCCGCGGUCGGUCACCUUGCAGAUAGCCCUUUUACCGGCCUCCCAAAGGGCUAGGCCGUCUGCAAAACAAUCGGGUCUAACCAGUUUACAGGCAGUCACUUGUCGCCGAUGGGUAGAUUUGUAAAACACUGAAAAAAAUAUUGUUAAAUAUUUUAAUAAGUAAACUUAAAACUGAAAAAAGUUUCUAGUUAGUGGGAUCGGAAUGGGCUGGGCCUGAGAAGACUACUACAUGGGCCGGUGGUUCGGCCCAGAAGAAAUCAGGUAGCCGACGAGUCAUCCACAGCGACGGCGAGUGGCCACCGGCCGUUCUACAUCUCGCGCGCGGCCUCCGGUCGUCGUCGCGACUCCGCUGCCGCCGUCGCCCGGCGCCGCCGGUGAUCCCGCUCAUGUGCUAGUAGAAGGCGUUCGGAGCUCUUUGGGAGUGUCGCACGCAUGGAGAUGACCAGAAGCCUUACGCUCGUGCCGCUCCCGGCGACGCUCCGGCCGGCAUCCGCGGCCUGUCGCCGGCGGCGGAGGCGGCGAGGGCUUCCCUUCGGUGCACUCUUCUCACCAUCGCCUCCUUCGAACCAGCAGCAGGAAAUGCACAUCAGGGCGCUGCAGCCGCGGCAGGAUUGGGUGGGGGAGUGGGUCCGGAGCAACGACACGCUAGUCCGCGGCCUGCCCAUCCUCGGCGGCGGCGCCUCCCUGCUCGCCGUCCUCCUCAACCGUGCGGUUUCCGGCAUUGCAGCUGUCGCCGACGCCUCCAGUUCGCAGUCAAGGGCUGACAUACUGACUCUUGCUCUCUCCGUAACUGAUAUUCUUGCUGGCCUUGUUUGGUUGUCCAUCCGGCCGAAAUCCAUUUCUCCUGUUGUUCCUCGAGGUGUCGAGUGCAAACGGGUAGGAACGGGUGUAUUGGACUCGGCUCUUCGUGAACUACUUUGGACAUGGGAUUCCCUUACAACUGCAACUUGUUGCAAAUCCUUGGUUGUUGUGUAUGGAGGUAAUUGUGUUCUUCAAAUUGGGGUUGCUGCUGGCUCUCCAGAGGAUGGUAAUGCAGUUAUGGUGGAUGCACAGAAGUUCAUGCAAGGUUCCCUUUAUAGAAGUGCCAUGGAAUCCAAGAAGCAAUCUUACCUAGCAAAUCUUGCCUUAUAUCCUGGAAGGACUGAACUACCAUUCUUGCCAGCUAACACGCAGGCCCUAAUAUUGCAACCAAUUGGUGAUAAAGGAAUUGCAGUUAUUGGUGGUGACACUAUAAGGGGGUUCACUAAUCUUGAUCAGGCAUGGAUUGCAAUGAUAGCAGAUAAACUGGAUGCUACAUUGUCAAAGUCGUAAGAACGCGUAGUUUGUUGGAUAUUGUUUGUAUCUUGCAAUUGGCCAAACUGUCACGAGAGAUGAUCAUCUGUCACUGUACAUGUUCAAGUUACAGGUAGAGUUUGCAAAACCAACGGAUAAAACAGUACAGGGCUGGGGUUGACCAAUUGUUUUAAGCCAGGCUGUAUGAUUAGGCUUGAUUAAGUUUGACCAGCAUGAAUUGAUUACAAUGUUAGUUACUUCUUGUAACCAGUCACUGUUGGCUGAAUGAAUCACAUUACUGAUGCUUUCAUUUGUAAGAUCUCAUCACAUUUCAAAGA